AUGAACGGCGACAGCGACCCCAAACGAAUUAUACGUAUCGAGGAGGGUCAGCAUUACCUCCUUGAGCCUGACGACGAGCUGCCCCUUAGAUUGCUCCGCAAUUUAGGUCAGGGUGGUUGCUCCAACGUGGAGGAGGUUGUGGACCUAAAUACCGGCAGGGUUUUCGCUCGCAAGGUGUUCAGAGUCCGCGGUUCUGCUGCUGAGAGGAGGCGAAUCUUUCAUAACGAGAUCCUAGUCAUCCAACGGCUAGCUCCACAUCAUCAUAUCACCCGGAUCUUUGCCACUUACGUAGGGAAGCGUGAAGUAGGCAUUUUGCUGACACCUGUCGCUGAUGGGGGUUCACUGGACAAAUUCCUCGACGAUGCUCAUGAGGGUCUCCUCACACAGAGUGAGAUGAACACCUUGGACUAUGCUUUCGGAUGCCUCGCUAGCGGAUUACAAUUCAUGCACGCCCAGAAGGUACGACACAAAGACAUCAAACCUCACAACAUUCUGGUACACAAGGGCUCUUUCAUAUAUACGGACUUUGGAUCCUCUCUCGACUACGGUGCAGAUACGCGGAGUGACACUACAGGCCACCCUGAUUCCAUCACCCGCAAGUAUGCGGCCCCGGAGGACGGCAAAGCAGCGUCGGCCUUAGCACCAGCCGCACCAACUCACGACAUGAUGCGGUUUUUGAUCUCACCCGAGACAUUUGACGAGACAGCACUAUCUGCACUGGCACCCUACAUUAUCAGAAAUCCUCGAUCUUCUGUACAAGGUGAACCUGUCGCCGAAUUAGCAUCGCCGGAUGGCGAGUCUGAACAUAGGAAAGCACCUAAGCCGCUUCCAAACCACGACCGUGACCGCGAGAAAGAAAGCUAUCACCUUGGACAAAUAUUCGGCGAGCCACAACCAGUAGAUGGGGGCUAG